UGACAGAAGAUAAAAAGUUAGAACGUGGCACAAAAAGCAAGGAUACUAAAGAUUCCCCAAAGCACAGAAGUAUCAGAAGAAGCAGCUGUAGCAGAGAUAAUGAUUGUAGGUGACGCAGUAGAGAACACAGAAGUGAAAAUUCUCACGCUAACUAUUCUGAGGGCUUUGUCAGUGGCUUGCUCUGAAACAGCUAGAAGCAGCAAAUGUUUAGAAAUAUCAGGAACUGAAGGGAAGAAAACACAGGAAAAGGAAAAAAAGGAAAAGAAGAAAAGAGGACAGCGUCUCUUCCCCCAAGAUGAUAAAAAAGGAGGAAAAAAAAAUUGCCAGAUGAGAAGAUACCAUAUAAGAAUUCUUCAGUUCUAAGCCUGCAGAGAAGUAUGAUUUCCCAGAAAAAAAGUGUGGUGGCUCAGCAAAUAUCAUCAGCAAGACUUCACGAAAUUAAAGAGCUGAAGAAUGAAAUAUUUGAUUUACAGCACAAAUUAGAAGCAUCAAGCUUAGAAAAUCACGUUUUGAAACAACUUCAGUGCCGACACUCAAAAGUAAUAGGUAGAUACAAAAAUUUGGAAAAUAAUUUGCCAGAUCUUUUGGCAAGUCAUUAUAAUGAGGUGAGAGCUUUAAGGAAACUCCUGAGGAUGUCUCAGGAGGACGAGAGAAAUACAUCCAGGAAGCUCAGAAAAGUUGAAGCAGAACUGUUAAAAAAUAAAGAUGCUUUGCAGGCCUUGCAUAUGCUUUCAGAAGACAAAGCUCUUGCAGAGAGAGACGAACUUGAUCACAGAUUAUCAGUCCUUACGGAAAAAAUUGAAGUGAAUAAUAAGAGAGUACAGAGCCUAGAAAAGCAGCUGAAGUUGAACAAUAGCACCUUUAGUCAUCAGUUGGCAAAUGAGAACAAAAAAGCUGUGGAAGCUGGGAUAAUUACAAAGAACUUGCAAAUGGAAAUUAACCUUCUUCACCAAAGAAUUAAGGAAAAGGAUCGGCAACUUUAUAUAAAAAAUAUCUAUGCAAAUCGGAUGCCUAAAAUCCCAAAAGACAAAGGUGAUUCAGAACCUUAUGAAAAAAUAGGUCUUAGAAUAAAUCGAUCAGUGCAAGUGGAUAAACAGAGUUUUAGAUCACUGCUGCUGUCACAGUACCAAACUCAGGGAACAGAAAAAAGUUCAGUUCAGCUAACAAAGGAGAACAAGUCUUCCGAAGAUAAGAAUCAAAAAGCUAAAGCAAAUGAAGCAUACACAGAUGCCCAAUGUAGAACAGAAAGGCAAUCAACCAAGAAAAUACCAAAGCCAGAAACUUUUAAUGGAACACAUAGAGAGUACUUAAGGGACAGCAGACUACUGAGGGAAGAGUACACUGGUUUCGAAUUUAUGAAAGAAGAAGAAAAAGAGACAGAUUUGCUUAAACAGGAGCUAAAAAAACUGAUGAAAACAGAACAAACUCCUCUAAGUGGCAGUGUAAAAGAGAACAAUAAAGAAGAAGAUGCAGUGGAAGCUUAUGAAAAAGAAGGAAAAAAGCCAGGUGAACAGCUAAAUAACAGUGAGAAGGCAAGGACUAAACGUGUAACUCCAGGUCCAAGAAACUACACACCCAUUAGGCUGAAAAACCCCCACGUAUUUUCAGAAGCCACUGAGAAUUUGCAUCGCGGCCUUCCUACAUCAGGUACAAAACCCCGAAAAGGCAGCCUUUGCCACCAUAGACACACAGGUCGGGACUGCGGUGAAACAGCCGAAUCAAAAGUGAAAAAUUCCUUUGGGCUAUACGAACUGUCUUUUGGGAAAGUUACCAAGACAAGGCAGAAGGACAGUUCAACUGAAGCGGAAGGCUGCGCUCAUAUGACACUGGCUGAAAGGAAAAACAGUCUUAUGAAAGAACUCUUUGGACGAGGCUGUGUUUGAAGAGACAACUGUUCAAGUUCUAACAUGAGAGGAAUGAAGAGAGAAUUGAAAGGACACGGGAUUACACAAGCCACGUUUCAAACCACCACAAGUUCAUCAUGUAAAGCAUCCAACACUAAUGAAAUCGCUACAAAUAACCUCAUGAGAAUACACAAACUAGUUCUUUUAUUUGAUGUUAAGUACAACAACUUACCUUUACCCUAGAAAUAUGGAUUGUUCAAAACAUAUUUUUAAAAACAAUGUUUUUACCUUCA